AUGAAGAAAUAUCUGGACAAGAGAAAGUAUUCGCGGCUCUCGAUGAGGGGCAGGAGGCUCUUGGGCGACGCCAAAGAGACCACGCUAGAACAGGUCUUGGACGUCUUCAGCGCAGAACACAAGCCCGUCAACCCCACGAAAAGGAAGAAUCGACCUAAUUUCUUUCCCAUCCCACUCCUGAAUGCGUUCGCCGUCAAGAACUUUCGUGCUACACAAUCUAUUCCUCUCGCCGUCACCGGCCGUCAACUCCCGCUCAUCUACCGGCUUGUGUCGGGCCUCGUUUCCGCGCCCCACUGCAAGACGGUUCUCAUCUUCGACACAGAAGGCCGCUUUGACGUAACACGCCUCUGCUGCGGUGUCGACGACAUCCGUCACGUGUACGUUCAGCGUCCGGCGCGCCGUGGUAUCACCGGCAGCACCAAUGGCCCUGCCGAUCCAAAGCGCAUUUCCCCAGACCAACUUAGGGAGCAAGUCGCUGCGGCCGAGCAAUGGAUAUUCUACGGCAAGCACAAUAGCGGCGCACGCGAGUUGUGGGGGACUGUGGUCAUCGGAGCCAUCGGAGCCGGCGACAUAGUGGCCGCUUGGAGAGGCUGGCUGGAUGUCGAACGCGCCAACGUUCCCGGGUUCUCCAUCGUGUGCAGCGCAGAGGAGGCCAUCAGCGAUCGCCAAAGGCGUCAAGAAGCCGUUGACGCGGCACUGUGGGUUGCCUCUGCGAGGUGGGGAAGCUUUACCUUCACGGAAUCCGUUCCUCAUGCACCCGAAUCUCACCACAGCAAUGCAAUGACGACUGGAAACAGUUAA